GUGGCCGCCUGACUGACAGCUGGAGCGGGCGGGCGCCUCGGAAGGACCCGGCUCUCGGGCCAGUGCAGUGGCUGCACCGCGGAGCCAUCUGGUGCCGGCUCACUCUGUCCGCUCGCCUGUCUUUGCGGGUCGUGAUGCCUUAGGGCCACGUGAGCUGCCCCGAAGGACUCAUCCCUGGUGGCCAGAAGUCUCCAAGCAACUCACAUGUGCUCAGCAGGCUCCCACGUGGUCUCCAGCUCCCACUGACGCUCCGGGAAUCCAGUCCUCUGGCCUACCCACCUGGUGCCCUCCUCGGCAGCCCACUUGAGCCAUGGAGGCCCCGGAGGUCCCUGUGGGCUCACUGAUUGACUUCGAGACCGAGCCAUCUACCUCCUCACCCAUGGAGGCACUGCCACCAAAGCUGCAGGAUGGGGACAGCUCCCAGGGUGACGGCGGGUCAGAGAGUGAGACCACCGAGUCGGCAGACAGCGAGAACGACAUGGGCGAGUCGCCCUCACACCCAUCCUGGGACCAGUACCACCGCUCCUCCUCCAACGAGUCCUUCUCUUCCAACCAGAGCACAGAGUCAGCCAAGGAUGAGGAGGCCCUGGAGCUCAGGGAGUUCAUGCGCAGCUAUGUGGAGAAGAUCUUCUCUGGAGGGGAGGACUUGGACCAGGAGGAGAAAGCCAAGUUUGGGGAGUACUGCAGCAGUGAAAAUGGAAAAGGCCGGGAGUGGUUUGCUCGAUUCGUAAGCGCCCAGCGCUGCAAUUCCAAGUGUGUCUCAGAGGCAACCUUCUACCGCCUGGUGCAGUCUUUUGCAGUGGUCCUGUUCGAGUGCCAUCAGAUGGAUGACUUCGGGCCCGCCAAGAACCUCAUGACCAUGUGCUUCACCUACUACCACAUCGGCAAACCGCACCUGCUUCCCUCCGAGUCCAAGGAGAAGCCCGCAGGGAGCAUCGACUCCUACUUGAAGUCGGCCAACAGCUGGUUAGCGGAGAAGAAGGACAUUGCCGAGAGGCUGCUGAAGAACACGUCGGCCAAGACGGAGAAUGUCAAGGGCUUCUUCGGGGGGCUGGAGACCAAGCUGAAGGGACCCCUGGUCAGGAAAAAUGACGAGGACGAGAGCAAGCCCAAGGACAAGCCUCAGAAAACUGUGACCGUAAGCAGCCCAGAGGAGGAGAGGAAGGGGGAGAAGAUCUACCUGUACACGCACCUGAAGCAGCAGCCCAUCUGGCACACGCUGAGGUUCUGGAACGCGGCCUUUUUCGACGCUGUCCACUGUGAGAGGAGAAAGCGGUCCCCCACGACCAGAGGGGAUGCUGGAGAGGAGGAGAAGAAGAGGGAGAAGUGGUGCCACAUGACCCAGGAGGAGCGUGACGACAGCCUCCGCUUCAACGAGAACAUCACGUUCGGGCAGCUGGGCACGUUCACGCACAACAUGCUGGCCUUCGGGCUGAGCAGGAAGCUGUGCAAUGACUUCCUGAAGAAGCAGGCUGUGAUCGGCAACCUGGACGAAGAGCAAUACAAGCUGCUGAGUGACCACAUCGAGCAGAUGGCCACCGAGUAGGCCACGGGAGGUCUCCCAAGGCAUUCCGCAGGAGGACUGAGGGUCCACACCGCUCUCCUGGGCCAGCGACUGGCUGCCACCCCACCCGAUGACCCUGCAUGACAUCGGCAGCACCCAGAGCCGCCCUGCGCUGCCCCAGAACUAGUGGUUAGAAGACUCCGGUUGCCCGUCCUCCCCACCUUCCCUCCGCCUAUGUCUGCUCCCCCUUUCACAUGCCAAAGUGUCGCCGGGAUGAGAUGAGGUGGCUAGAACAAGGCGGCCGUCCAUACUCCUGAGCAUCAGGACCUGAAGGAAGAGGAAGGAGGCCAGGGCGGGCGCGGGGCAGUGUCUGCCCAUAGCCCCCUGCAGGAGCUCGAGGGCGAGGUGCACGUGGGAGCGCAGAUAAGGGCAGCCGUGAGCCACCACACGCCCGUGACACGGGACAUCACGGAUGAUGAUCUGGGACCCACCGCUUCAGGCCUGGGACGGGGCGGACUCCCGCAGUCCGGGCUCCUGCAGGGCGGAGCGUCAGCAGCCCUCUCGGUGUGCAUCCUCGCUAGGGCUGGCUUUUCCCUGGCUGCCCACCCCAUGUGACAGGAUCCAGGGUCACGAGAACCCUGGGGAGGAGGGAGACGCCUCCUGAUUCAGGGCGGGAGAGGGCCUGGCCACAGGCAGUGCUGUGCGCACCCUGUGGGAGAGCCCUGAGCUGUCCCUGUCACACCCGCUGAGAAGAUCCUGGUCCACCACCGCCUCUUUCCGCCGCAGAGGAAGUCCUGCCCCUCGCUCCCUGGGAGCAGCGUCAGGCUGUCUGCCCCAGGAAACAGCUCGGAAAAGAGGUUUCUUCAGUAGCUGUGAGACAACUGCCCUUUCUAAAAGCAAACAGUGCCGCUCUUUAUUUCAGAAAGGACAGGAAAAUCCGAGCUAGUUUUCCCGACAGAGGGGCACAGGCUGCUCCUGGCUGCAGCUGUGCGCGGCCCUGUAGUGGAGCGGCUUCGGGACGUGGGGCCCUCCACCCCCAGCAGCCACUGGGGGGCGCCUUUGUCCUCUGCAGCCCAAGCCCUUUGGAGCUCUUUCCUGCAGACUCUGCCGAUCC